AUGGGGAUUCCGUACCUGACCAAGCAUCUUCUCCCCCAUGCCGAAUCCGUACUGCUAGGAGGCCCAGAGAACCACAGGCAGGACGAGGCGCCGCGCGUGCGGUCGGUGGUCAUCGAUGGGCCAAGCCUGGUGUAUCAUGUCUACUACCAAUUGCUGGCCUGCAUGGGCCCGGUGCAUGAUGUUCUCGACAUCCAGCCGACCUGCAAUGAAGUCAGUCGAGCGGUUGUGAGCUGGCUUCUUCAAUUAACCCGCCAGGGCAUCGAAAUACAUCAGAUCUGCUUUGAUGGGGCUCUACCCAUCUCCAAACGAGACACUCGAUUGGCACGGAUUGAAAAGUCCAGGCACCGGUUGGAAUUGGCGCGCCGCAGGUCUGCGACCUCACCCCACGAGUGGCGCGAAGAGGUAGUAUUUCCGUCUACGCAGCUGUGGCAGGGUCGGAAUCUCCCUGCACGUUGGAGAAACCUUCCUGAAAAUCCUUUCAUAGUAUCGGCAGUCUAUGAGGAUCUACAGGCUCGGUGGAACAGAAAGCGGAUCCUGCAAGAGGCCUCGCAUGAACCGAGUCAUCUCCCAGCUGCCGAAUAUCCCUGGGCUGAAAUCACCGUUAUGGUCCCGGGAGAGGCAGACCUCGAAUGCGCCCGCGUUUCACGCCUCAAAGGCUCGGCUAUUCUCACAAAUGAUUCAGAUCUAAUGGUGCACGACUUGGGGCCGCAUGGUGCAGUGGUUUUUCUGAACUCGGUGCAAUUGAUCGAGACCACUCAAGAUCGCGCCGUUUCAGAGAUGCGAGGCAUGAGAUUACAUCCCCAUGACGUUGCCCGUCGCCUAGGGAUCAUAAACAUUCAACGGUUCGCCUACGAGCUGAAUGAGAACCCUCAACUUGGUUUCUCAGAACUCCUGCGCCGGUCCAAGGAAGACCCGGGGCUGAUAGAGCACUCGGACAACUAUCAGAAUUUCCUCCGAGAAUACCAACCCGACCCCGACCAGCCCACGGCAAUACCCGGCCCCGCGCGGGGUCCAACUUUGGAUCCACGAGUAUCAGAACUAUUCUGGCAAUACGAGCUCCCCGAUGCCUUCUGUGGGGCGGAUCAACCGCGUAUCUACCUCGGAAUUCUCUUUGAAGACCACUCCCGGCGAUGUGCCUGGGAGCAAGGCCGAUCCUACAGGGCCUUAGGCUAUUCCCUCCUCAAUCAGUCUUAUCCGACGGCCCGGCGCUUUCCUACCGUUUCUGAAUUCGUUCGCCGAGGAGGUCGGAUCGUCGCCGAGCAGAUCACGCUUGGUGGCUCACAAUCCGUGGCUUCAGACCUCUUGAUUCUCCAGAGACGUCUAGAUCUUGCCCGAAUCGUAUUCGGGGACGGGUCGUUAAACUUCUGGGUUUUGUUCGCAUUGUCUGAGAUCUAUCAUGAUCCAUCCAACCAAACAACGAUUCCAAGUGCUGCGCAAUUGGAGCGAUUCCUGACAAAAGGAUUCGUGGGAAAACGGACGGAGUGGGCGGACAUCCACCUUCUGGCCCAAAUCCAGGCUGUGUUAUAUUCGCUCCGAAUGCUACAACAACUUCUGCACAUCCCACAAGGCGAUGAGCUCUCGAACCCAAGUCGGUUCACUCUCGACGACUUACCCCCUUUGCACAGUCUUCUACGAUCACGACAUGAGAUUCUUCGAGGCUUUCCCAAUGGCGGCGAGCUUGUCCAUGGCUUAGUCUACCAACUACUCAAAACAUACGAUUGA